CCCACUUAUAAUAUAGAGGUGUAAAGCUUAGAUUAACACUAGCUUGGCGAUGGAUUUGAGAUAAGUUUUCAUAUUGCACUCAGGUGGCCUCCAGUAAGCGCCCGUUGUCACCGCCCGGCGCCUUUGGGCGCCUGGGGAGUGCACAUAUGGCUGUCGCGUAUAGUAAGGGGAGCCUUAACGGGUCUAGUUCUAGUGUUUAUUGGACUGCUUACUACAUCUGCAGUCUUCUCCUUUUAGCUGUCCUAUGUUUAGAUCCCUAUUUUAACUGGCCAUCAGGACUCAUACCACUUGAGUUUUUCAGUCAUAAGCCUGUGCGCCAUGGGAAAGACCCGUGCUCUUGGGACUACGAUGGCUCCUGGAAAGUAGGCAGCUUUGCGGGCUCUAAUCCUGUCAGCCUCAACAUAUCGGAUCGGCCGGUCAUAACGUGUGCAACAGUUAACACCACGAGUGUUAGCUAUGUAGCUUCGCCAUUCAUCCACAUACCCAGCGACGACGAGGAGGUGGACCGGGGCACCUGGACCGCCUUCUUCGAGGCCCGCAACCUGCACACAUACGCCAGCGAAGUCGGCGUGGCGGUGUCGCGGGACGCCGGAGCCACAUGGGAGCAUCUGGGUACGGCACUAACGGAACCGCAACGGUCUCUGUCCUCACCGUUCGUGGUGUAUGACGCGGCCAGCAAAACGUACGUCAUGAUUCCCGACGUCAAGUCGAGAUCACCAUCAUCUUCAUGGUUUGGGGAGAAGCACGAGGGGCUCAGCGUGUACACCACCACGGCUGCGGAGUUCCCGUUUGGGUGGACGCAGGCUACGCAGCAGGAGAUCGAGGGCAUCCUGGCGGGGGCUUACCGUCGAUCCUCCACCAGUCACCACAGCAGUAGCAGGCGGUUGGGCGCGGAUGGCGUUAGCGCCGAGGACGGCGGCUGGGAUCCAUCCUCCUUUCCUUCUUCCGCUGGUGCAGACAGCAGCAGCAGCAGCAGCCUGCGGCUGAACCGCUUCAGCUCGGGGCACUUCAAGGGCACGGUGGCGGUGCAACACGAGGGCAUCUGGUGGAUCUUCACGACCCACAUGCACCCGCGCCCGCUGCUGUUCCCCUGGCUUGCCCCCCGCCGAACGGCGCUGCUGUUCACAGCGGAGGGCAGCCUGCUGUCGCAGUGGCGGCUGCACCCCGCCUCGCCGCGACCCGCCAGCAGCUGGGGCUGGGGCCUGGCGGGGCACCCUACGGUGGGUGAGGUGUUGUGGCCCGGGGCCUCACGGGGCGGGGCGGUGUCGUCCGCGGGACGUCCCUUCGUGUGGCGGGGCGCGCUGCACCGCUGGGUCCACCGCUGCGAGAAGCACUGCGGGGACGAGCUGACGCUGCUGCGGGCCACUGCGGCCAAUGUGAGCCACUUUGCCGAGGAGGUAGCCACGAGCUAUCUGCCGGGAGGGGACCGCUCCUGGCAUGCACGGAGGCUGGGGCAUGCAGACGUUCGACCGCUGCCGGGCUCCUCCUCAAACCGCGGUGGCGGGCUGCUGUGGGGGGGCCACAGCGGGGAGGAUGAGGAGGAGCAGCGCUGGUGGGGGCUGGUGUCAGGGGACCGCUACGCGGACGGCAUGCACCACUUUCUGGUGCGCGAGAGCUGGUUUGUGGAGCUGAAGGUCCAGCUCCGGAACCUCGUGGCGGCGCAGCUGGCGCUGGUGUUGACGGCGGUGGUGCUGCAGGCCUCGGCGGCGUACCGGCCGGAGCGGGCGAGCAGGGCGCGGUAUGCAUGGGGCCGCGGUGGCAGCGGUGGCGGUGGUGGUGGGUGUGAUAGCGAUGAUGGUGACAUGGGCGGGAAGGGCUGCAAGGUGCUUGCUUCCGGCGUGGUGGGGUCGGGUCGGGCGGGCUGCGUCGGAGCUCAUGGUGUGGGGGUCCACAUGGGGGGCGGCGCGUACACGGGGCACGACCCGGUGUUGCGGAUCUGGCUGUGGCUGUUGUCGCUGCGGUCUGCCGCCUCCGCGGGGCUGGUGCUGGCGGUGGAUGCAGCCACACGGGCCCUGCACGGCAUCGGACUGCGAGCGGCGCUCGCAUGGGAGGCAGCGGAGUCCGCGGUCCGCCGCACCCUGGCGCAGCCCCGCGUUCAGUUCAUCCUGCACGCCGUGGGGGCUUGCGUCGCCGGGUUCCUGCUCGCCCUCACCCUCCUGGUGUUCCUGCCGGGGGCGGUUCCCUGCCCCCGCUGGGCGGUGGUGGUGCGGCCGUUCGCCGCCUCGCCGCACUACGUGCCUCCGCAGCCGUUUGUGGACCCCGCGGGCCCCUUUGACGUGUCCAACCUGACCAUCAUCAGCGGCUGCACGCAGUCGUUCAUGGACCGGCUGGAGAACCUGGUGGGCUCGCUGCAGUUCUGGGCGCCCGACACCCCCAUCACGGUAUACGACCUGGGCUUCACCAGCGAGCAGCUGGCGGCCAUCCGGUGCUGGCGGGGGGUGGACGUGGUGCGCUUCCCGUACGAGGACUACCCGCCACACGUGCGCGAGAUCAGCACCUACGCCUUCAAGGGGCUGGUGUUCCGGCACGCGCUGAGCAGGCACCCCGUCAUGAUGUGGCUGGACUGCGGACUGGAGGUCCGCGCCCCGCUGGACAGUCUGCGUGAGGUGCUGUCGCGCGAGGGCCACGUCAGCGCGCAGCAGAGCAUGUCACCCUCGGACUUUCCGUACACGGAGCAGUACGAGGUGCCGUUCUUCAAACUGAGCAAGCAGGAGUACGAGCGGAUCAAGGACCUGCCCUUCUGCGCAGCCGGGGUGCAAGGUUUCGUAGCGGGCGCCGCCUCGGAGCGGCUCGUGCUCGAACCCACCGUGGCCUGCUCGCUGGACGCGCUCAACUGCAUGGCGCCGCCCGGCCACUCGCGCGCCAACCACCUGUACGAGCAGACCGCGCUCACGCUCAACCUGCGGCUGCACAACUACUCCUCCUGCCUGCCGCGCGAGACGCACUGCACCUCGGCGGUCAAGAAGGUUGCCUGGGACGCCACCGCCUCCUCGGAGCCCAUUGUGCUGGCGUCCAGACGUCACCGCUGGCCCAAGCCCUACCAGCACCGCGUGGCCUCCCGCCCCGGCUGCGUGGCCGACCCCGCCGCCAACCCCUGGCGCUCCGUCAGCUCGGAGCACCCGGAGACCGUCACCAAGUCCAGCUCGCUGCUCUUCAACCUGGCCUUUGUGUACGGACAGGCUCUGGGCGACCUGCUGAUCCAGGCGGGAUGCUGCCUGGGCUUCCACUUGCUGGCGCACUCGCUGCUGCUGGCGGCGCUGCUGGCUGGCAAGCUGUGUCGCCACCUGCCGGCCCGGAGCGCCGCAGCGGGGGGCUCGCCGCUGUCGCUGGGGGCGGCAGGCGGGGGCGGCAGCGGGGGUGCACACAGCUGGCUGUGGCUGCUGAGGCCGCAGCCGCUGAUGGCGGGACUGCUGCUCAUGUUCCUGUUGUUGCCGCUGGCGCUGGCGACUGCGUGCAGAGCAGUGUGAAGUGGGAGGAAAGGAGGAGCGGGGACGCAUGGCGGUCGUGUUUACGGUCUUACUGGUUGGGGGAAUAAGGAUGAGUGUACGGUUGGCGAUGUAUAGGGGUUAUGGGGGCAUGGGUAGAGGGCUGCCAUGCUUGUCCUGUAUGCUGUGGUAAAGGGGCGUCGUAGGCCGGUUACGUUUGGCUGCAUGACUGAAGUUCGGAUGCUUGAGGAGGGAUGCUAAGUUCGGAAUGAGAACAAUUCGAAACGAACUGCCGUUUUUGGUGCAGCAUUUUGUGUUUGGACAUUUUGGCUGCCCACGUUGUUGGGUUUGUAGCUGCAGUCGCUAAUGCUAUUAGAUUGGAGGGACGUGACGGUUGUAUCUUCGCAGAGGACAUUGCAUGGAUGGCAUGGAUGGGUAACACGGAACUUUUUCGAGUGGUCCCAAGUAAUAAGUCGGGAGGUCGGAUAAGGGAUAUAUUGUUUCGUUAGCCUGCUUUACGAUGCUGCCUCCGUGUGCUUGCCUAAAGGGUAGGUUGGCUGGAUUGUUUCCGCGCGCUGGCAAGGUUUUACCUACCAGCCGUCCAAAGGUUUGAAGUGACGUUUCGUUUAAUUGCGUAUGUAUACGUUGCAGGUGCGCCACGCACUCAGUAAUUGGAAGUUACAGCUGUCGUGCAAAACGGUCAGCCUUUAGUCUACCCUUAGCAGACUUGGCGCCGUCGGAACUUUGAUUACAUUUAAAACAUCCCAUGUAACGUAAGCUAAUCCGUAUUGUUUGAGUUCCUUACGGCGGCCUAGCGCCGUCAACCUCACGACAAAUGGGUCGCUCCAUCGCGAAGUUGGUUUCCUUGGGCUUUGGUCGUAGAUGCCAGCUUCUAAGUGCCGCAUAUGGUCAGCUGAACGGACACGCAAACCGCCUCAGCUGGGCUGCUGCGGCUGGCCAACCUGAUUGCUGGCUUAGCCGAUGCCUUUCGACGGCGCUGUCUCCUGUUACAGAGGAGGAACAAAAGGCCCUAUCGACUAUUAGGAACAUAGGUAUAUCCGCUCAUAUUGAUUCGGGAAAAACAACCCUUACGGAGCGCAUUCUAUUCUACACCGGGCGCAUCCGCGAAAUCCACGAGGUGCGCGGUAAGGAUGGCGUCGGAGCCAAGAUGGACAGCAUGGAUUUGGAGCGGGAGAAGGGUAUCACCAUCCAGUCCGCUGCCACCUACUGCGGCUGGAAGGACAAGCAGAUCAACAUCAUCGACACCCCCGGCCACGUGGACUUCACCAUCGAGGUGGAGCGCGCGCUGCGAGUGCUGGACGGCGCCGUACUGGUGCUUUGCAGCGUGGGUGGCGUGCAGAGCCAGUCCAUCACCGUGGACCGACAGAUGAAGAGGUACAACGUGCCCCGGCUGGUGUUUGUGAACAAGCUGGACCGCGCGGGCGCCAACCCCUGGCGCUGCAUCGAGAUGGCCCGGGACAAGCUCAAGCUGAACGCGGCCGCGGUGCAGAUGCCCAUUGGCCUGGAGGACCAGCACAACGGUGUGGUGGACCUGGUGCGGCGGAAGGCGUACCUGUUCGAGGGACCCAAGGGGGAGAAGGUGGUGGAGGCCCCAGUCCCCGAGCGGCUGGUUGAGGAGAUGGAGGCGCGGCGCAUGGAGCUGCUGGAGCGGGUUAGCGAGGUUGACGACGAGCUUGCUGAGAAGUUCCUGGCGGAGGAGCCGGUGAGCGGCGAGGAGCUGCGUGACGCCAUCCGGCGGGCCACCCUGGCCCUCAAGUUCCAGCCGGUCUUCAUGGGCAGCGCGUUCAAGAACAGGGGUGUGCAGCCGCUGCUGGACGGCGUGCUGGACUACCUGCCCUGCCCCACGGAGGUGGUGAACGAGGCUCUGGACCUGUCUGCCAACGAGUCCCGCCUGGCGCUGCCCUGCUCCCCCAGCGGCCCCUUCGUGGGCCUUGCGUUCAAGCUGGAGGAGGGCAAGUACGGGCAGCUGACGUACGUGCGCAUCUACAGCGGCACGCUGCGCAAGGGCGACACCAUUGUCAACAUGAGCUCCAACAAAAAGGUCCGCGUGCCCCGCCUGGUUCGCAUGCACUCCAACGAGAUGGAGGACAUCUCGUCCGCCGCCGCGGGUGACAUCGUGGCGGUGUUUGGCAUGGACUGCGCUAGCGGCGACACGCUCACGGACGGAGUCCGGAUGGCCAUGACGUCGAUCAAGGUUCCCGAGCCCGUCAUGUCUCUGGCGCUCACCCCCACCAGCGCCGAGCAGUUCCCCACCUUCAUGAAGGCGCUGCAGCGCUUCCAAAAGGAGGACCCCACCUUCCGGGUGAGCAGCAACAGCGCCACGGGUGAGAUCAUUGUGAGCGGCAUGGGCGAGCUGCACCUGGAGGUGUACAUCGAGCGCAUCCGCCGCGAGUACAAGGUGACCUGCGAGGUGGGCAAGCCCAAGGUGAACUACCGCGAGGCAAUCACCUGCCAGGCGGACUACAACUACCUGCACAAGCGGCAGAGCGGGGGGGCGGGACAGUACGGCAAGGUGGUGGGCUGGAUCGAGCCGCUGCCGGAGGACAGUCCCGUCACGUUUGAGUUCGAGAACAAGCUGGUGGGCACCGCCAUUCCGCCGGAGUUCCACUCGGCCAUCGAGAAGGGCUUUGUGGAGGCGGCCAACAGCGGAGCGCUCAUCGGGGCGCCCGUGUAUGGUGUCAAGGUGGUCCUGACGGACGGUGCGGCUCACGCAGUGGACAGUAGCGAGAUGGCCUUCAAGAUCGCAGCAGUGCAGGCCUUCCGUGCCGCCUACGCGCUUGCCUCCCCCAUCGUGCUGGAGCCCAUCAUGAAGGUGGAGAUCACCGUGCCCUCGGAGUACCAGGGUGCCACCAUGGGCGACAUCAACCGGCGCAAGGGCCUCAUCCUGGACAGCGGCAGCAUGGGCGACGACACCGUCAUCACCUGCCACGUGCCGCUCAACAACAUGUUUGGCUACUCCACCGCGCUGCGCUCCGCCACGCAGGGCAAGGGCGAGUUCAGUAUGGAGUACUCGCAC